AUGACGGGAAGUCUCAAGAAAGAAUGCGACAAGGCGGCGCAAAUCCUCAAGAGCUUCAUUGACAAAGGUAGAAUACCGGCGCAGGUCAUCACGACUGCAAAGGGCAUCGCCAUAUUCUCUGGUUUCCGCGCCGCAAUGUACCUCGCUGGCGCCGGCGGGUCUGGCGUCGUGGUUGCACGGCUCGCCGAUGGAUCGUGGUCUGCACCGUCUGCGUUCUCCGUGCGCUCGGGCGGGAUCGGGGUCGUGUACGGCGUGGACGUGUACGACUGCGUGUGCGUGCUCAACACACAGGACGCGGUGGAGGCAUACAUGAAGAGCGACAUGACCAUGGGCGCCGGUGCGUCCAUGGCUGCGGGCCCCAUCGGCGGCACCGCCGAUCUGAGCACAAAGGACGUCAAGCCUAUCUGGACGUACACCAAGUCGCGGGGCCUGUAUGGCGGCUUGACUGUCGACGGCACCGUCAUCAAGGAGAAGUCGAGCAUCAAUGCGGAAUCAUACGGGAAGGGUGUCGCAGCUGCACAGAUCCUGGCCGGCGGCGCAGAGUGGCCGGGGCAGACACAGCUUCGCGAGGUGCUCAAGAUGGCGGAGGGCAAGAGCGCGGAUGCAACCGUCCUCGGUGCCAUCAGCACCGACCCGACUCCUGGCGAUUUGACGCAGUAA